AGGCUGCUGGGGGGAAAAAGUGCGCUGUCUCUUUAAAUGCUAAUCUGGACAUGGCCACAUAGCUGGUCAUUUAUCGCGGUCAUGGAGAGCCCGCAAGCAGGGAGCGAGAGUUUAAGUCCACAUAGGAUUUUUACGGCAGGUCCAGCGGGAACCAGAAGCUUUGCAGUGGACAAAAAGCUGACGUCUGGGAUGCUGAGGCCAGUUGUGAGCUAAAACGGUCGGCUAACUGAGCAGGGCUACAGCGGCUGCAGCACUGGACGUUUAGUGGACACACUACCUCCAAUCAAGUCACUGACAGCCACAGAGAAAAACAGACCCCAUGGAGGACAAGAGGAAAAAGCGGAGUCCCAAAGUGUCGCUCCCCCAGCCCCCGCCACCACCGGUCAACCCACGCAAACUCUCCGUCCUCCCGGCCAGCAAGAGCGCCACCUUCUCUCUGGGCCUUCCCCAGCCACCCUCGCCUAAACCCAGGGGCAAAUACAAGAGGUCUGUGGGGGCCAUGGGAGCAGCCAAAGAGGUCCUGACCGUACCUGUGGUCCCUCCAAAAGCCACCAGCAGGCCCCACAAAGAGAAGCCCCGAGCACCCCAGCCGGCCGGCCCCAGCCGCAUGUCACAGUCGUCCUCCCCCCUCCAGCACUCCUUCCUCACUGAUGUGUCUGACGUGAGAGAGAUGGAGGGCGGACUCCUCAACCUGCUCAACGACUUCCACUCUGGAAAGCUGCAGGCCUUUGGUAAGGUGUGUUCGUUUGAGCAGUUGGAGCACGUGAGAGAGAUGCAGGAGAAACUGGCUCGGCUGCACUUCAGUUUGGACAGCCACGUAGAGGAGCUUUCUGAGGACCAGAGGAAAAGUGCUUCAGACCGCAACCUCGAACACCUGCUCAGCAAUCUCGAAGAACUUAGCAGCUCCAUACAAAAGUUGCACCUGGCAGAGAAUCAGGACUUGCCCAAGACCUCUGGCCCCUGAAAGGGAACACAGAGUAAACACGGCAGCUGCAUACUGGCCCGACGGGAGCUGCUGUUACCAUGGCUACAUCUCAACAGGCUGCGCUAAAACUGCGGCUGCUGUACUGAUCCAGAACCGCACAACGAGAACCUGCAACUGCACAGAGCACAACGGCUGAUGAAGUCAAAAGGCUUUUUUCCACAUGUACCAUGAGACACUUAGCUUUAGGCUCUUUAUAACAGACCGAAAAUGCUGUAUCAUCCACUUUCACAGUUGGAGAGCUUUAGCUGGACGUCAAUGCAGGUUAGAACAGAAGUAGUCCAGCUUCAUAAACAGGCAUCCUCCAAAGCAUGAAGCUCUCCACUAAAGUGGGGUUUCACAGUUUGUAGACCUGUUCAGGGUUCUGGGCUCGGUUGCAUCAAUAGGUCUAAACUGUGGAGUUAAUUUUGUGCUAAACAUUUUUUUUUUUAAUUUAUGAAAUCCACAAGCAAAAUAUUAAUACAUAUAAUAAUUAAAUCAGAUAUAAUUUUUUCUGAAAAUAUUUGGUCCCUGCUCAUUUUGAAGCUGCAUUAUGUAAGAGUUUUUUGUUAAAUUUGAAAGAAGUAGCAUUACUGAGUCAGGAGGAAAAAAACUGAAAAAAAAAGCAAAGACGCUCAGAAUGCUAGUUAAAGCUACACUAUGUAAGUUUUGGGGAUUUGGAGACCUCUCUGACGGAAAUGUGUAAUGGCAUGCAACUUGCGGAAGAACAUUUUGUAAAGUGGUUUGUGCUUCGGACCCUUCGCCCCUAAUUACGGACUUUGCAAAUAUGUUUAUAUGUUAUGUUAUGUUAUGUUAUAUAUAGAUAUUUGACAUUUUUAUUAGUGGGAGGGUCUUGCAAGAAGACGUUAAGUUUAAGAAUCUAUUGAUCCACUGUUCUGGAUUUGCAGGUCCUCGAACCCUUAGCUACAUCCACUCAGUGAGUUGUGGAAAGUGCCCCAACAUUACGGAAAGCAUCAUACCAGUGCAGUAUUGCACUGGCAUGUUUGUUUUUUAAGCAAUGUUUUCCAUAUUUCAUUCACAUUGUAGAAAAAAAUGAAAACAAGGACUGAGUAGUAAAGGGACUGAAUAUGUUCACGAAAAAUAAGAUUUGAUUCUUAUUAUUUGUGUUUUUUGACAAAAUUAACUCCAUUCUUAACUGCCUAACACUAAAUAGAAUGUAGACCCUUUAAAAAGAUGGUUCUU